AUGCAUACGUGUCCGUUGCAUUGGAGGCAGGGUUACGCCGAGGGGUUAGCCAACACUAUUCCCAUCCUCGCUCGGCGAUACGGCAAUUUGGUCCGUGCAAAUCCAUUCAUCUCACCCGUGGAGCUCAAAAGAAUGCUCGAGGGUCAUGGAAGGGUAGUGAUCCACUACUGGCAGGCUUGGCGGCUUCGAGAGUACAUCUUAAAGGAGCGAUAUGGAGAUUGGAAGGAGUCCUUUCGCCAGGUUCCGUGGCUUCUCACUCGUUUCACAGUCAUCGAUCCGGAAGUUCAAGUGCGGUUGGAUACAUUAGAUCGGUGUUUCCACCGAUUCUACGUGCGUCCCUCUGCAGCACGGCAUGCGUUAAAUUAUUGCCGCCCGGAUGUUGCGCUCGACGGUACACAUCUCAUUAGUGCGCAGAAGUCUGUGCUGCUCAUCGCCGUCACCAUUGACGGGAACCAGGAGAUUUUGUUACUUGCAUGGGCCUUGGUGGAGUCGGAGAACAAGGACGCGUGGACCUGGUUUCUGAAGCUGUUCCUUGAGGGGUUCCCAGAGUGGGCGCAUAGGGACGAUGCCUCCAUCAUCAGCGAUCGCGAUAAGGGGUUGGUGCCGGCAGCAAGGGAGGUGAUGCCAAUCCACAUCCCCCAUUAUUUCUGUGCCUGGCAUCUGGAGCAGAACCUUAAGCGGUUCGGCAAAGCGGCAACAGCGUUCUUCUGGCGCUUGGGAUACCAGACGAAGGGGAUGGCGGAGCGGCUGCUUUUGGCAUCGGCCGUGGAGGGCGAGGACGAGCUUCAUCUGGACGUGGUCGCAGAGGGAGAGGCGGUGGCGUUGCAGGGGCGGGCCUUGGCAGGGGAGGUAGAGGAGUGCCCCCCGCGGGCGAUUGCGGAGGGCAGGGGGGUGCCGGAUCAGACUUCACGGGGGUUGGUGGUGGAGUACGGGGAGUGCCGCUCGGUGGGGCCGCCGGGGAGCAGGGGGAUGCCGGCGCGGGAUGGUCCGGCAUUGCAGGUGGAGGGAGGGGAGUCCCGCUUGGUGGGGCUCCUGGAGGGCAGGGGGGUGCAGGAGCAGGAUGGUCCGGCAUUGGAGGUGGAGGGAGGGGAGUCCCGCUUGGUGGGACUCCUGGAGGGCAGGGGGGUGCAGGAGCAGGAUGGUCCGGCAUUGGAGGUGGAGGGAGGGGAGUCCCGCUUGGUGGGACUCCUGGAGGGCAGGGGGGUGCAGGAGCAAGAUGGUCCGGCAUUGGAGGUGGAGGGAGGGGAGUCCCGCUUGGUGGGACUCCUGGAGGGCAGAUGGGUGCCGGAGCAGGAUGGUCCGGCAUUGGAGGUGGAGGGAGGGGAGUCCCGCUUGGUGGGGCUCCUGGAGGGCAGGGGGGUGCCGGAGCAGGAUGGUCCGGCAUUGGAGGUGGAGGGAGGGGAGUCCCGCUUGGUGGGACUCCUGGAGGGCAGAUGGGUGCCGGAGCAGGAUGGUCCGGCAUUGGAGGUGGAGGGAGGGGAGUCCCGCUUGGUGGGGCUCCUGGAGGGCAGGGGGGUGCCGGAGCAGGAUGGUCCGGCAUUGGAGGUGGAGGGAGGGGAGUCCCGCUUGGUGGGACUCCUGGAGGGCAGAUGGGGGCCGGAGCAGGAUGGUCAGGCAUUGGAGGUGGAGGGAGAGGAGUCCCGCUUGGUGAUGCUUCUGGAGGGCGAGGACGCGCCGGAGCAAGAUGUCCUCAGACUGCGUGCCAGGCGACACCAAAGCGGGCCACGCGGUGAUGUUACGUUUGGGGUUGGCCUGGGCGCGAAUUUCAUGGGUGGUGUGGGGUCCGUUGGAAGGGGGGCCUCACCAGUGCCCUCUGGGGGCGACGUGCAGCGAGCUCCAGCAUCUGUGAGUGAUAAUGGUUUGGCAUCAUGCUCCACGGGUGAUGGGAUAGGCGCUCUCACCACUGUGGGGAACCCGGGUGCACGAGCAUUUGACGUCAACACGGUCCUGCGACGUGCCCGGGAGUGGUACCGGGCAGAGGACAUUGACACGGGGAGGACCACGGGCACUCAGGGAUCAGAGAUGGGUGGGUUUACUGAGCACUUCCACCCAGCAUCGGCUCUGGCUCUGCCAUGGCCAGACUGCGGGCAGCGGGGGAACAUUCCUGCGCAAGGGCCGGACGAGCCAGCAUGUGAGGAUGAUCCGGUGCCAGUGGAUGCUAGGGAGGAUGGGGAUGAGGCGGCCGAUGGUGAGGGAGAACCCGGAAUACAUGUGCGCACCGGGUUCUAUCGUAACAGGCGCGGAUCAUCUUAUCGCAUUGGGGGAAUCAUGCUGCUGCACUGGGCCCGUCUUUUUGCGGUGACACUGCGUUUUGGCAUCUACACAAGCAACGCCGCCGAGUCCAUCAACAGCGCUGUCCGCGGCAUCCGCAUGCUGCCACCAACAUGGCUCCUGGCAUCCCUUUGGGAUUGGUCUCGCGACAAGUGGUACGAGAGGAAGGAGAAGGCGCGCUGCAGGGAUGAGUAUCUCACGGCUGCCGCAUCGAAACGUCUGGACCAAAAGAAGCAGAGGUGCCAGGGGUAUUGGUUCAUCGGUGGGGACAACACUGUGGGAACCAUCCAGACCAGGGGGGGGGAAAACGAGUUCCAGUGGCGGAGCUUCAACGUGAACCUCGAUGCCCGGACGUGCGAGUGCGGGAACUGGGAGGAGUACCAGUUCCCUUGUGCCCACGCCGUGGCAAUGUGCAUUCUGAAGCAGCGGAGUGUGGAGAUCCUUGUGUCUGAGUACUACACCACUCGCAAUCUUCGCCAGACAUACAACCGGGAUGUGAUGGGUACCUGUGUGGACCGGCUGAUUAUGGAGGCUCCACUGGCAGAAGUGGGCGAGUGCGAUGCACCAGCGCUGAUUGAGACGAGGGUUGGGAGGCCAGAGAAUCACACCCGGUUUGAGGCACCGCCGCACGCUUAUCGGUGUGGGCGAUGCCGACAGUAUGGGCACAACCGCAAAAGGUGCAAGUACAAGUACGGUGGGUACGGUCAGGCGCAGGCUGCGUCGCUCUCCUCUCUCUCACCGCCCUUCCACUCUCCCGCCGCCCUUCCACUCUCCCAUCGCCUUCCUCUGUCCCGUCCUUUCCUCUCUCUCGUUGCCUUUCCUCUCUCCCGUCGCCUUCCUCUCUCUUGUCGCCUUUCCUCUCUCUCGUCGCCUUUCCUCUCUCGUUGCCCUUCCUCUCUCCCAUUGCCGGUCCUCACCCCCCUCCCCCUUCUUCUUCCGCCUCCCGCCGCCCUCGCGUUCCAUCACAAUCGACUUCUUAACGCACUCCACCCUCCGUGUCCGCCUCCCAUUGCUCGUACUGUCGCUCGUCCCGUCAGCCCGUCCAAUCGCACGUACCAUCGCAUGUCCCGUCGAUCCCUCUUCAGGUCCUUGUUCCCGUUCCCUCGCUCUCUCCCCCCCCUUCCCGUCGCCCUCGCUCUCUCCCCUCCCUUUCCGUCGCCCUCGCUCUCUCCCCUCCCUUCCUGUCGCCCUCUUUCUCUCCCCUCCCUUUCCGUUGCCCUCGCUCUCUCCCCUCCCUUUCCGCCGCCCUCGCUCUCUCACCUCCCUUUCCGUCGCCCUCGCUCUCUCACCUCCCUUUCCGUGGCCCUCGCUCUCUCCCCUCCCUUCCCGUCGCCCUCUUUCUCUCCCCUCCCUUUCCGUCGCCCUCGCUCUCUCCCCUCCCUUUCCGUCGCCCUCACGCUCUCCUCUCAUUCCACCAACACCAAUGACCCUCCUAUCUCCCUACCAUUCUGCGGAUUUUGCUCACGCAUCUCUCCUUUCGCGUCCUCGUUUCUGUUGCACUAUCUUUCUCUUUGCUCGUCCCCUGAUAUUAUCUGUUUUCCGCUUCUUGUUUUUCUCAUGUUGUCAUUGCCGCCCUAG